ACCUGUCGCUCGCUCGCUCUCCUGGCGAGAUCUCUCCAGCCUCCUUUCUCUUCUCCGAUAUCCAGCUAUGGAUCUGGUGGCCCCAAUCGCCGUGCUCCUCGUCGUCGCGGCGGUGACCUUGGGGACGGAGGCCUCGAUCCACGCCUAUGACCUCGAGCCCUUCAGGGAGGUAGGGAACACGCUCCUCCUCUCCGGCGGCAGCGAGGGCAUCGUCGCGUCCCGCCUCGACGCCCUUGGUCCCCUACGGAUCGGAGAUGGUCGGGCUUACAUCAAAUAAUAAAGACUUCUCAGAAUAUUGGUAACCUUGGAAAGGAUGUGAAGGUGGAUUAUUGAAACCUACAUCAAAUGCAUCAGCUUCAUCAGCAAUGUUUCUAGGUUCCAAACCCCACGACAGUAGUGGUCAUCUUCAUUUAGGAAGUGUUAAAUUCUCUUUUUCAGAAACGACAUGCAUACUUACUGCAUGGAUAUGACUCAAAAAGGAAACAUCAUGCUGCUGCAUGGUUGAACGAGACCUAGUGGUUGCUAGUGCUGGUGACGAUAAAAAGAUAUCACUUUGGAAUAAAAAUGGCCAAAGUAUGGGAUCCUUUCCUUCUCACGGCAGCGACCUUGCUGAUGACAUUGAGGAAUCGAAGACCCAGCUUCUCAUUUGGUGUCAUGCUAAAAAUAUUCAUUCUUGCUAUGUUGGGUAUAACAAUUCAGCAAAAUGUAUACUACGUUGGACUCCAUCUCAUUUCUCCAACUGUUGCCAGUGCCUUGGGCAAUGUCAUUCCUGCUUUUACUUUCUUAUUGGCAAUUGUACUGAGGAUGGAAAAGCUCAACUUGAAGACUGUAAGGCCAUCUUCUGCAUCACUGGUUCCCUGAUCUUCACAUUUUGGAAAGGUCAUUUUGUUGGGGGCCUUUGUUACUUCACCUAUGAUCCAACUUCAUUUCGAAAGUCCUGAGAAAGGCGAUGGCUAGCUUAAAGGCUCUGCUCUUAUGCUAUUCGGCUAUUUUGCAUGCAGUGUAUCACUUGUUCUUCAGGUAUUGCGUCAAUGGUGUCCCUUGUGUUGUCACAUGUAUCGCUUUUGAUGUAAAAAGAAUGUUUGAGUAUUUUAUGGAUAUUGUUGUAAGAAGAUUAUUUAUAUAAUUUGUGAAUAUUUGUGUA